AUGACAACCUACGUGGAACUGAGCACAAAAGCAAAGAUGCCUAUCCUGGGACUAGGAACCUGGCAGUCCCCAAUUGGGAAAGUGAGAGAGGCCGUGAAGUUUGCCAUUGAUGUUGGAUACCGCCAGUUCGACUGUGCCUAUGUGUACCAGAAUGAAAAUGAAAUAGGGGAUGCGAUCCAAGAGAAAAUUGAGGAGGGGGUUGUGACACGGGAGGACCUCUUUGUCGUCAGUAAGCUGUGGUGCACAUUUCAUGAGAAAUCCCUGGUGAAGGGAGCAUGCCAGAAUACGCUUGCUGCACUGAAAUUGGAUUAUCUGGACCUCUACCUGAUGCACUGGCCCAUGGGAUUCAAGGCCGGAGAAGAACUGUUUCCUGCAGAUGAGAAUGGUAUGAUCAUUCCAAGUGACACAGAUUUUCUGGACACAUGGGAGGCUAUGGAAGAGCUGGUGGAUGCAGGACUGGCAAAAUCCAUUGGAAUCUCCAACUUUAACUGUGAACAGAUAAAAAGGCUCUUGAACAAACCUGAUUUAAAAUACAAACCAGUGAAUAACCAGAUUGAGAGCCACCCAUACCUUCCUCAGGAACAGCUGGUUAAGUAUUGCCAGUCCCAAGGGAUCGCUGUCACUGCAUACUGUCCCCUUGGAGCUCCCAACUGGCCUUGGCCCAAGUCCGAAGACUUUUUCCUCUUGGAUGACCCCAAGAUAAAGGAUAUUGCAGCCAAGUACAGCAAAACCUCAGCUCAGGUUCUGAUCCGGUUCCACAUCCAAAGAAAUGUGAGUGUAAUUCCCAAGUCUGUCACUCCACAUCGUAUUGAGGAGAAUUUUAAGGUGUUUGACUUUGAAUUAACUAAAGAGGAGAUGGAAACCAUCCUCAGCUUUAAGAGGAGAUGUAGAAUCUGUCCCAUAAACAUGUGCACAAAUCACAAGGACUAUCCUUUCAGAGAAGAUUAA